CCCAGCUGCCUGCUUAAUUCUCUCUCCUCCAGAUCCAGCUGCUAGCCUACUGAUGGGGCUCUGACUCUGACAGUACAGACGGACCCAACGCGACCGCGACACAACCAUCCCUCCUAAAACGGAAUAUGCGUAAACGCACGGCACAUUUUGGGGAGAGACACCACACAGUCACAGCAAGCGACUAAUGAGACCACAGCCUAUUUCUCACCAUCAACACAAAUACAUAUCGUGCUUCGUGGUCGGUCAUCAUUCCAGCCUGUCUGGAACGUUCCGGGGUUUCCUUUUCGAGACCGUUCAUCCCCCCCCCCCCCCGGUGUGAUAUUUGACAGGUCUCUUUGUUGGGUGGAGUCAAGUCCGGAAUUGUCGAUAUUGGAAUCAUCACUGGCAUCAUUUCAGGUCAUCAUCAUGAAGGACGGUGUGGUCAACAACAGCACAGCCAGCAUCUCCCAUGCCAGGAAAGCUGUGGAACAACUCAAGAUGGAGGCUUGUAUGGACAGGAUAAAGGUGUCCAAAGCGGCAGCGGACCUGAUGGCGUAUUGCGACGCCCACAUACGUGAGGACCCCCUCAUCGUGCCCGUGCCCGCCUCGGAGAACCCCUUCCGGGAGAAGAAGUUAUUCUGCACUAUCCUCUGAUGCCCAGUAGGGGGCAGACCAGCCUUAGGCCGGGCCCUGGUUCAGGCGUGGAAUAAUGCCUGGCGUCUCCUCUUCUGUCUUCACCGUACCUGAAGCUAACAACACGCUGUGAACGUAACCAGGAAGUGACUGCCCUUUCAGCCUUGUAGUUUUUCAACUUUUAGAUUUUUCUUUCUUUUUCUAAUGGUCUUCAAGUGCAAAAAAAAACAUAUGAAAAUGUUCUUCAUUAAAAAAAAAUCUUCAUGAAAAGGCAUCUGAUAGAAGUAAAUUCAUCCACAAAUAUAAUUAGACAUAUCACAAAUGUUAUGAUAUAAUCUUGAAGCCCAUUGAAAAGGUGGGGACAGUAAAGUGGAAGAGAUCAUCCCUUUCACAGUGAACUAACUUUACUACUGCUGGCAUACAUCUUACUGGCUACUGUUGAAUUGAGGUUGCCAGGUACACACUGUUGUCAUUGGUCAACUCUGUCCCUAGAGGCUGAAGGGUUGGGUGGGUUUAGAUACCUUUUACAUCUGGCAACCCAGGGAGCUUGUUUGAGUGUAAAAGUCCCACUCCAGGUAUUUGAGAACUUUUCCCUUUGGAAAAAUGAUAUUCCAAGUAAUAAAUACAUUAAAGUACAACAACCAAAAUGUUUAAAAGCUAAAUGUAUUUUUUAUUUUAUUUUUUAUUUUUUACACACAAUUGCGAAAUUCAAGUAGUUGGUCUAAUGCUGCAGUCUGUGAUCAGCCUGCCCCCCUUUGCUUGAGGAAACAAUAGAGCAGUAAUUGAGGACAAAAGAGAGAGGCCCCCCUACUGUCAUGAGGAUACCUGAAGCACCUUUUGAGAUGUACCCUUUGUUAAGUAAAUCAUGUGAUAAAUGAGGUUCUAGGGAGACUGGAGUGGGUCUUUAACGUCUCCUGUAUCUUUGAUAGGUUGGUUAUUAGUGUUUUGGUUUGCAAAAUUCUGGUAGCUUUCCUCAAAAUGUGCAAGUUUUUCCAGAAAUCCUGGUUGGAAGAUUCCUGGAAUUACGAGGGGCAAUACGCAGGAAAUCAGUAAUCCUCCGACAAUGAUUUCUAGAAAACCAGCGAAUUUGGGGAAAGUUCCCAGAAUUUUGCAAACUUAUUGUUGCUUAUUUGUUGGUUGUUAGAGAACAGCCUCGAUUAGUGCUUUAUGAUGAUAUUUUUUUAUUAUCAAAUGUUUUAUUUUCUUUUUAUUAUGCUAGAUCAUUUUAUUUACAUGCCUCAGGAAACAAACAAACCGUGGUAUUUUUUUAAUUUGAUAUAGUCGUUCAUCUUAAAUGUUCUUCGAGUGUAUACC